CAGAUAAUUCCCAAAGGCAGCAAAGCCAUGUCCCUCGCAGACUAUCUGGCAAAAAACUACUUGACGGCAGAUUCAAAGCCGGAGAAAAAAUCGAAGAAGCGAAAGCGAAAAACAGCUCCGGAAGAUGACGUCGCAGGUCUAACCAUCGCCGACGACGACGCUGGCUGGGGGAGUUUCGGCAGAAAGGACAACGACGAUGACGACGAUGGCAUGCCCUACGUUGCUGGCAAGACCUCUGAGUUCCGAAAAAAGAAAACCUCCGGCUGGACCCGGGUAGGCGUAGCACCACCAAGGGACUCUGAGCAGGCGGAGGCGGACCGAAUCAUCGCAGAGACCGCGCGGGAGAACCGUGAGAGAGCCAAGGACGCCGAAGACGCACCUGUUAUAGAAGGUGACGCUGAAGAUCUACAAGCCAUGGAGGGUUACACCGAUAGUGGAACCAAAGCCGGUUUGCAAAGUUCGAAGGAUGUUGCGGCUGCGGCGGAGAGAAUGAAACGUGAGGAACGGCGGCGUAUGAAGGAGGCAAUGGAGGAGGCCGGUAUCGCUGGCGGCAAAGAAGGCGGCACAAUCUACCGAGAUGCUAGUGGCCGGAUCAUAAACAUAGCGAUGAAGAGGGCCGAAGCACGGCGGAAAGCCGAGGAGGCAGAAGCGAAGAAGCGCGAAGAAGCUGAGGCGGCCAGAGGAGAUGCCCAGCGGGCCAUGAAGGAAGAACGUCUACAGAAGCUGAAGGAUGCCAAGUACAUGACCUUCGCUCGGGGUGCCGACGACGCCGAGCUGAAUGAGGAAUUGAAGGAAGCGGAGCGGUGGAACGACCCGGCUGCGCAGUUUAUCGACACAGCUGCAAAGCGCAGAAAUAAAAAGAGCAAAAGCGGUCGACCUCUGUACCAGGGUAGCUUCGCACCAAAUCGGUUUGGUAUCCGACCCGGCUACCGAUGGGACGGGGUGGACAGAAGCAACGGAUUUGAGAGCAAGUGGUUUGAAGCGCGCAACAGAAAGAAGGACAUGGAGGAGCUGAAGUAUGCCUGGCAAAUGGACGAGUAGUGCGAUACAUUAUUCGGUCACCGCCUAUUUCCAUGCUCUUGUCCAACUCACUCAUGGGUCCACGCGAAAAGAUCUCAUCGUACGGCCUCGAUGCUGCGAUGCCCGAAGUCUUUCUGACUAUGCAAGUAAUAGUCCCAGGAACACCAAAGGUGGGGAAUAAGAGUAGUGGAUCAAUGUAUAGCAGAGCUUCAUGCAUGCUACCGUUGAUGAAAGAUUUUGUGGUCGCUAUGGGACCUUCUUCCACUUAUCCGACUAAGUGGACCAUAUGUUCUGACGGGCCCUGAACCACGACCUUUUAUACUUGCAUUGGGGUUGGGGCGAUGCAGCGAAGUCACUUUUGUUUGGAUGUUGCCUUCGUCCUCUGUGGUCUUCAGAACACAUUUCGAGGCUUUGAAGCAAGCUCAUGAAGAUGAUUCAAGCAGACCGUGAAGUCACCGGGUAUAUUAUAUAAUUAAGAUCGGCGAAUUCCGCUGAAGAACAUAUAAAAUCAAGGUCAUGAUUGCUUGCCU